AUGGCGGCGCCCAGCUCGAGUCUUCUCUCCCUCCAACCCGGCGGCCGAUAUUGCCUAGUGAGCCACAUUCCGGCCCAGCUUCACUCCGCCGAUCUCCGCUCCUACUUCAGCCAGGCCGUCGAGGCCGGCGCCUUCCUCCGCUUCCAUUACCGACACCGGCCCGAGCGCGGACAUGAGCCAAGCCCCGGGCGGACCUGUUGCUGCCUAGUGGCGGUGCAGCCCGGUUGGGACUGCCGUUUGGUCCGCAUGUACUCGGGGAAACGUUGGAUCGACGCGCAGGGGGAGACCCUGCCCGGCCGCUGCUUUAUUCGAAGGGUUCGAGUUUCCCCGGACGAAGAUGCUAGCUCAUUUCCAUAUAAAACCAAAAAGGAGCUCCACAAGAAAGCCUCAAGUGAAACUUUUACUGAGGAUGAUUUAAGACAGCUGCCUGAGUUGAACCCUCCUGCAUUUAUGCCCUUUGGGAACGUGGGUACCCCUUUGAGAGUCUUUUUAGAACUUAUCAAUUCCUGUCGCAUGCCUGCCCGUGCCAUCAGGAAAUUGCAGUUGCAGUUCCCCAAGACUGGCUCUUCUCGCAGGUACGGAAAUGUGCCAUUUACAUAUAAAGAAAGUGAGACUGUUGUAGAGGAGGAGCGGAUUUACACAGCUGCUGGAGAAGAGAUAACAGAAGGGGAGCCCCUGCUACAAGUGGGAAGGGUUACUGUAAAAGAUGACAAGGAAGACAAAGAUUGGGAAGCCCUGGAGAAGGAAGCAUCAACAGAAGAUGACUGUCAUUUGGAUGAAGAUGACGAUCGAUGUGAAGAAUGGGAACGACAUGAGGCUUUGCACGAGGAUGUCACCAGCCAGGAGCGUGCAAAGGAACGUCUGUAUGAGGAGGAGAUUGAACUAAAGUGGGAGAAGGGUGGCUCUGGGCUCGUCUUCUACACAGAUGCGCAGUAUUGGCAAGAAGAAGAAGGAGGAGGAGAUUUUGAUGAGCAGACGGCGGAUGACUGGGACGUGGACAUGAGCAUCUAUUAUGACAAAGAUGGGGGUGACAAGGAUGCUCGGGAUCUGGUCCAGAUGCGGUUUGAACAGAGGCUCCGGGAUGGUUUAGAGGAUGGGUCUGUUCUGGGACAACACAUCGGGACCUUUGAAAAAUAUACCAAGGGUAUUGGCAGGAAAGUGAUGGAGAGGCAGGGCUGGACUGAAGGCCUUGGCUUGGGCAGCAGCAAUUCUGGCAUGGCGGAAGCGCUGGAAAACGAGGGCCAGAAUCCCAAAUGCAAGAGAGGUUUGGGGUACCACGGCGAGAAGCUCCAGACUUUCGUCAAGACCAAGAGACCUUGCAGGGAUGGCCCCGGUCUUAUCUCCACCAUUUACGACGACCCCCAUCCUGUGGAUGCCAGAGAGCAGCUGUUUCGGCGCCCACUGCCAGUCAGCAUGAAGUAUCGGCAAGACGUGGCAUUUGUUCACGCUGCGCACCGUGCACAUCACAGCUCCAGUUCCUCAUGACAAACAGCAGCCUGUCAGCAAGGACUGAUGUAUUGGGGACUUGGCAUCUUUUUUUUUUUAAUAUGUUUUAUAUCGAAGGAAACAACACACAUGGUCUUGAAGAAUCCCAGAAAUUAGUGGGCCGAAGCUCAUUAAAAUAAU